AUGUCCUCGCAAACUGUUGAAGAGCAAAUUUCUCCAGAACAAAUUCGCCAUGAGGUUGCUAGACGGCGAAAUAUGGCUAUAAUCAGCCAUCCUGACGCGGGGAAGUCAACUCUGACUGAGAAGCUGUUGUUAUACGGAGGUGCUAUACAGCAAGCAGGGUCAGUGCGAGCCCGCCGAGCGCAGAGAGGUGUCGUUUCCGACUCAAUGAAAAUUGAACAAGAACGUGGCAUAUCCAUUACGUCUGCCGUCAUGACAUUUGAAUAUGACGAAAAGCGCAUCAAUAUCACAGACUGCCCAGGCCAUGCCGACUUUGGUGAGGACACAUACCGUACCCUGGCCGCCGUGGAUAAUGCCAUUAUGCUUAUCGACGCGGCAAAAGGCCUGGAACCUCAAACGAAAAAGUUGUUCGAAAUCUGUCGCAUGCGGAAACUACCAACAUUCACUUUCGUCAACAAACUAGAUCGACCUGCUAUGAACCCAUUUGAGAUUUGUGACCAAAUUGAGGCACAGUUCGAGUUGCCAUGCUAUCCGGUCGUGUGGCCGAUUGGCGACGGUGAUCGUUUCAAAGGCGUGUACGAGCGAGCGACGAGGUCUGUGCAUUUGUUCGAGAGAGGUGAAAGAGGCAAGAAAGCUGAAGAAGUUCACGUCAUACCUUUCAAUGACGAUUCUGUUGCGGAGCUGCUGGGUGACGAGCUACAUGCACAGCUCUUGGAGGAUGUCGAAAUACUGGAUACCAUGGGCAAUGAAUACGACUACGAUCUCAUCAUGGCUGGUGAGUUGACACCAAUGUUCUUCGGAUCAGCAAUGAGCAACUUCGGUGUGGAACUCUUCCUGAAGAUGUUUCUUGAAAUGGGCCGCUGUCCGCCUGCGAAGAAAAGUAACACUGGCUUGGUUGAUCCAGACGCUAAGCUCUUUACUGGCCAAGUGUUCAAGCUUCAAGCAAACAUGGACCCAAAGCACCGUGACAGACUGGCCUUUGUGAGGGUGUUUAGUGGGGUCUUUGAAAAGGGUAUGAAAGUGAGCAAUGCGCGCAUUCCAGGCAAGUCAAUCGCGUUGACUAGGCCGCAGUCUCUUUUUGCAGCUGAUCGCUACACUGUUGAAACGGCGUUUGCAGGGGACGUCAUUGGGCUGAACAACCCUGGGGUCUUUGCAAUUGGAGACACUCUGUGCGGCGACUCUUCAAAGAAGCUAAGUUAUCCUGGGAUACCAUCUUUCUCUCCAGAACUUUUCGCAUACAUAAAGAAUCCAAAUCCAUCUGCGUACAAGAACUUCCGCAAAGGGCUCAACCAGCUGUUGGAUGAGGGAGCUGUGCAGAUGCUCCGUGCGAAAGGAGAUCAAGGAAAUGAGGACCCCAUUAUGGCUGCUGUUGGACAGUUGCAGUUUGAAGUGGUGCAAAGGCGUCUCAAAGAUGAAUACAACGUCGACAGUAAGCUUGAGCCUAUGGGGUACAAUGUUGCCAGGUGGGUUACUGGCCCUGGGGAUCCAUGGGAGGCUCUUGAGGGGUGCGGUAGGUUGUUUAACGUUUUUUAUGCAAAGGACCAAUGGGGCCGUCCAGUUUGCUUGUUCAAGAACGAAUGGUCAUUGAAUGCCGUCAUACAAGAUCACCCGAACCUUGAAGUAGCACCUUGGUCUUUUGCUCCGGGUGAAGAAGAAGCAUGACUGAAAGUUUCGGAAAACGAGUCAGCGGGGUUGGCUCUAGAAUUGCUAGUAUGUGUACGAGAAAUUGCAUCUUUAUGGCGCGGUUUUUUGUUUACUGCUUACUCCGUUUGCUUCGAAGGUUGCCGCAGACUUCUAGCCGCGGAAAGAAGGGUUCCUGCCGUCAGUAAGCAUUUUGACUUCGUCUGUUUACCAGAAUUUAUACUUUGGUGCCGAGACUUCAUUUGAUAAUUGUUCACAUGGCGUUUGUUCUUGCUUCAUAUCCUGGAUCAGUGGCAAGCAAUUCUGCUGGAAUUUCAAUUUGCAUCGUUACGCUGUGAGACAAAAGGAGGAUACGUCGGGUUGAUGCGAUCCGCACAACUACAAUGGAGGCCAUACCGCUGCCAUGACAGAAUUAAGAGAAUGAUUACUGUAUUAUAUGUGCACUCGACUAAUCCGUUGCAUGGGGUUAAUGCUUAACUAUGAUGUUAGCAAGGAGGUUCACGAGAUGGCACCACAGCAUCAUUUAUACAUAAGGUUUACGGUGAUUGACUACGUCGAUAGUUUGGGGUGCAGAAUUGAAGUCGCAGAGACAGGAUACGCGGCAUGCACGGUGUACUUCUUUUGGACUUGAGGUCCUAUCGGCAUGCAUGCUCCGCACAACCUUGCAAACUCCAUGUACUGUCGAUAGCGGGCGGGCCGCAGACUAGAACAAAAAGUUAUCCUAAUUGCUUACGGGUGUCCACAUAGGUCAGAAGAUGUGAGGCGAUCUAGAAAGGGCAUCAAUUUUAAGACCAGGGAUCCUCGCUGUCCACACCGGUCAGAAUGUGUGAGGUGAUCUAGAAAGGGCGUCGAUUUUGAGAUGAGGGAUCCCUCUUUCAGUCAUGCGGGUAUAUUGCAGGAGAAAUGGUUGUCACUUCACAGUUAUAAGGAGUCUAUCACGGGUCCGCGCGCUCACCGACAUGCCUGUCUCCUGAAAAUAGAAGCAUUUGAAAUGAUCCGGCACCUCAGUGUCAAGUACCUCGGAGAGAACAUGGCGCUCUGUCAUAUGUAAUUAUCGCAGCGCUAGCACAAUGACUCAUGAACCAUUUCUUAACAGUUUUCCUAGAACCGUCUUCGUCACAAUACCUUGACUGCUGCAGGCAGAAGCAUUGGGCAAACAAUCAUAAACAGCGCAACAUUCU